GGGCUCCAGCAGCAGCCUCUCCCGCCGGCUGCAGGCUAUGGAGACACGGGGGAGCAGGGCAGAUAUCACCUCCCUUUCCCCUGGAUGAAAACCACAAAAUCUCACUCGCACACCUGGAAGGGACAGUGGUCAGGACCAUACGUGAUGGCGGAAUCCGAGGAAAACAAACGCACGAGGACAGCCUACACGCGCGCCCAGCUGCUGGAGCUUGAGAAGGAGUUCCUGUUCAAUCGCUACAUCUCGAGACCGCGCCGCGUGGAGCUGGCGCUGACCCUGUGCCUCACCGAGCGCCACAUCAAGAUCUGGUUCCAGAACCGGCGCAUGAAGUGGAAGAAGGAGGAAGACCGAAGGAAGGUGAGGGGGUCCGACCCGGACCAGGACUCCUCCAUCACCUCUGGAGACCAGGGGGAGGCCGCGGGAGGGGUCACCUCUACGAACGGACCUCACACCACUUCACCUCCUGUUUCUCCGCUGCACGGUCACUCCCUCUCCACACCUGCGACCAGAGAGACGGCAUAGAGCCCGCAGGUUCAAACUCUCAAUGCAGGAACCUUUUUUUUUUUUGAAAACCCAAAUAGAAAGAGACUUAAAUCAACAUUUUAAGGCAGACCCAUUUGAGUGAAAUCUUAUAAGAUUCAUGAUUAGGGCAAGAAAGGAGAGUGCAACCAAUAGGCCAGUCUCUCUUAUAGCUAUUUACAUAAAGUGCUCAUUUUCCAGGGACCCCCUUCAACCUUCUCAAGGACCACCUUUGCCCUCUUACUGGAUACCACUGUCUGUCUGGACUGAAUGAGCAUUUCUUCAUUCCACUUCAUCGUGCAUGCUUUGAUGUUUUUUUUGGGCACCAGAUGGCAUGCUGACAGAACCUUAUCAGUUGCACAAACUGAAGCAUGGUCUGAUCAUGUUUUGCAGUGAGUGCAUUGUUUUUCACCUCAGACAUGUGAGUAGUAUACAAUCAAGUUUAUGGAUGUAUUUAUGUGUAAUAGGACUACGUUUGCUAUUUUAUGAAUGUCAACUUGUACAUAGGAUAUAUCGUGUAAAUUGUUAAAUUAGAAUCAAUGGUACACAUUUUAUUGUUUGAAGAGUUCACUGUACAGUAUGACUUGAAUAAAGCAAAUAUCACACCGCC